CUGGAAUCAGGACAGAAACAGGUGAAAACUGAAGUUUUAAUUGUCUGUUUAUCUCAGAAAUGGAGGGAGUUGUAUUCAUCACUUUUCUUCUGACAGCUGUCUUCAGUUUCUCUGCAUGUGUUCCACAUCAGUAUCAUUUUGUGAAUAAAACAGUCAGCUGGACUGAAGCUCAGAGAUUCUGCAGAGAGAAUUACACAGAUCUGGCCACCAUCAACAACAAGAACGACAUUGAAGAACUGAUGAAGUCUGUGAAUGAUAAAAGUGUUCCGCGUGUCUGGAUCGGACUGCACAAGACAGAGAAUAAAACAUGGAAGUGGUCUCUGGGUGACCCUGCGAUCUACACAGGAAGUGAUUCACUGUAUCAGAAAUGGGUAAACGAUCAAUCAAAUGCUGCUGGUGACUGUGUUGUAAUGAAGAAUGGAGAAUUGCACAACAAUAACUGUACAAACAAAAACUCUUUCAUUUGCUAUAAUGCCAGCAGUAAAGAAUACAUCUUUAACAGUACACAAAUGAACUGGACAGAGGCUCAGAGUUUCUGCAGAGAGAAACACACAGAUCUGGUCAGUGUGAGGAACCAGAAUGAGAAUCAGACGAUUCAGAACAUUAUUAAUAAUCAGGCAGGAAAUGAUAAUGUCUGGAUCGGUCUGUUCAGAGACUCGUGGGAGUGGUCAGAUCACAGUGAAUCCUCAUUCAGAUUCUGGGCAUCUGGUGAAGCCCUAGCAGGAAAUACUGAAAACUGCACAGUGAUCUCACUCAAUGAGCCGCGGGGGAAAUAUCAGGACUGGUACGGUGAUCAAAGCCGCAAUUACCCCUUUGUCUGUUAUGAGGAUAAACUGGUUUUGAUUAAACUGAAUCUGACCUGGAAUAAAGCUCUGAGAUACUGCAGAGAAAAUCAUGUAGAUCUGGUGUCAGUUCACUCUGAGCAGAUUCAGCGUCGUGUGAUGAAUAUGGUAAAAAGCGCCUCAACUGCAGCAGUGUGGAUGGGUCUACAUCACUACUGCGCAAUGAACAUGUGGAUCUGGUUGAGGGGGGAGGUUGUGUGUUACCAGAACUGGGCUGCAGGUAACAGGACAGGAGUGAAAGACUGCAGGGGUGGUCCGAUAGUUGGAGCAGUUCAGUCUGGAGGAGAUCAGACCUGGAUCAGCCUUCCUCAAACUCACCAACUCAACUUCAUCUGCACUAACUAUGAAGACUGAAACAAGAUCAUCAUCAUCAUCUCACCUGUUGUCAGUGGAGUUACAAUUUCAUCAAUUUUCAUUUAAAACUUAUUUUUCAUGUAAAUCAAUGUAAAAACUUUCUGAUUUUUUCAAUUCAUGUCAAUUGUCCCUGUGAGUGAAUCUGUGCUAUUGUAGUCCUGAGAUAAAUCAUGCAUUUAGUCUUUCUGAAUGAACAGAACUGAAUUUACAUUUACACUUGUUUGAUAUAGCUUUGCUGCAUUGUUUUAUUGCAGUUUUUGGGCCUAUCAUUUAGUUUCAGUACGCACGUAAGCAAUAAUAUAUAGUAUUUUUUUUUAAACAAUUUGACAGAAUGUCACUGAUUUUUUAGUUGUUGUGUCAUGAAAAAUGGCUUCUGUUGGGUGACUUUUCUUUUUUAUGAUGCUUGCAAUGUCACUUCAGAUGUCACUUC